CAGCCUCAGUACCAUAUUGUGAUAUCAGUACGGAGCGGAGAGAGUAGAGGAACGAGGCUGCUUCAUGCUGCUGUCCUUGCCGCCUUUGUUGAACGGAACGUCGUAGCGCAUCGGUCCAAAAAGGAUACAUAAUUAUCACGGAUUCAUAAAGGAGGAGACGAAACAUAUCCAUGUACCCAAACGGGGGCUCGGGAGUGCUUUUGCUGUCGCUCCUGACAGCUUUUCAGAUCUCCACCGAAGGCAGAGGACCCCCCCUGUGCAAGCCUGGAUUUACAGAGGAUGUGUACUACGCAGCCAUAUCUGGGGGUGUGACCGAGGGACAACCUCUCUUCAACGUGAGAUUCCUCGACUGUGGAAAAAACAGACGGUUACGGUUCGAGAUCAGUGAUCCUGUCGACUUCCGAAUAGAAGCUGAUGGCCCGGUCUACGCUAUCAAGGUUUUUCAAAUAUCAACCAAUGGGAGCACGCAUCUGAUGGUCAAGGCCCAAGAUGUAGACUCUCAGGAGCAGUGGCAGACGGAGGUGAAGCUGUCCUCAAAGACUGGCGUAAGUCAGCAGGAUGGGCCAGCCACACCUCAGCAAAUCCCGGAGAUCCUAUUUCCACGGCAACAGCAGGCUAAUGGCGGCGGCUUCCUGAAACGCAUGAAGAGAGACUGGGUCAUCCCCCCCAUCAACGUCCCCGAGAACUCCAGGGGUCCCUUCCCCCAGGAGCUCGUCAGGAUCCGGUCCGACCACGAUAAAAGCCGCUCGCUCCGCUACAGCGUCACCGGCCCCGGGGCCGACCAGCCCCCCACCGGGAUCUUCAUCAUUAAUCCAAUUUCGGGAGAAGUGUCCGUGACCAAGCCUCUGGAUCGGGAGCAGAUAUCCAACUUUCACUUGAGGGCCCACGCGGUCGACCUGAACGGCAACCAGGUGGAGAACCCCAUCGACAUCGUGAUCAACGUCAUCGACAUGAACGACAACCGGCCCGAGUUCAUCCACCAGAUCUGGAACGGGACGGUGCCCGAGGGGUCCAAGCCCGGGACCUUCGUGAUGACGGUCACGUCGAUGGACAAGGACGACCCCAAGACGGCCAACGGGAUGCUGCGUUACAAGAUCCUGUCCCAGAAUCCCGACAGCCCCGCCUCCAACAUGUUCACCAUUAACAACCAGACAGGAGGCAUCAUCACCGUGGCAGCAGGGCUGGACCGAGAGAAAGUGCCACAGUACACCUUAAUAAUUCAGGCCACCGACAUGGAGGGGAACCCGAUGUACGGGCUGUCCAACACGGCGACGGCCGUCAUCAAAGUCACAGACAUCAACGACAACCCUCCGGAGUUCACCGCCGACACCUUCACGGGGCAAGUGCCCGAGAACAAGGUGGGCGUGACCGUGGCCAACCUCGCCGUGACGGACAAGGACCAGCCCAACACGCCGGCCUGGAACGCCGUGUACAAGAUCACCGGCGGCGACCCCACGGGCCGCUUCUCCAUCCCCACCGACCCCACCACUAACGAGGGCCUCGUCACCGUCGUCAAGCCGAUUGACUACGAGACCAGCAGGACCUUCGUGCUCACCGUGGUGGCGGAGAACGAGGCGUCCCUGGCCAGGGGCAUCCACCUUCCCCGCCAGUCCACCGCCACUGUCUCCAUCAAGGUCAUCGACGUCAACGAGAGCCCGUACUUCGAGCCCAACCCAAAGAUGAUGAAGAUAGAGGAAGGCCAGCCGGCCGAGUCGGUGCUGAACACCUUCACCGCCCAGGACCCGGACCGCUUCAUGACUCAGACCAUACGAUACUCCAAACUGUCCGAUCCAGCGAACUGGCUCAGAAUCGACCCCGCCAACGGGCAGAUAUCCACCAUCGCCAUGCUGGACAGGGAGUCGCCAUACGUGAAAAACAACUACUACAACGCCACUUUCCUGGCUACAGACAACGGCGUCCCUCCAGCGAGCGGGACGGGCACUCUGCAGAUCGUCCUGCUGGACCUCAACGACAACGCCCCGCACGUCUUCCCCCCGGACGUGGAAGUGUGCGAGAAGCCCGAGCCCAACGCCAUCAACAUCACCGCCGUCGACCACGACCUCAACCCUAACGCGGGGCCCUUCGCCUUUGAGCUGGCCCUCCGGCCCCCCGACAUCCGCAAGAACUGGACCAUCACCCGGCUGAGCGGUACGUAGGGAUUCUCUGCGCCCCAUACCGUGCAUUUUCUGGGGG